GCAUGCUGCUUCUUUCAUUUUGUCCCUGCUGAGAGAUGACUGGAAUUUCUCAUCUGACUGAGAGGGUCAUUUCAACUUCAUCCUCUCUCCUCGUUUCCUGCACACGUUAUUUCCACUCCUGCCUCCAGACCCUGCACACUCUCUCUUCCUCCUCUUCUGACUCUCUGCACCGGUUUCUUUGGCAUCCCACUUGUGUGUGUGAGCCAAGGGAAAGCAGUGCUCCCAUGGGACACUCCUAAUGCACACAGACUGCUGGCUUUUCCUCUUCCCUGCUCCUGCGAGGCUCGUGAAGCAUGCAGGAGGACACUUCGUUUUCUACAAAGGGGACGGAGCCUAAUUUUCCUGCUCUGGCUAAUGAGCUUACCCUGUGCUGAGCAGCUGUCAGCUCUGCAGGUUGUCUUUGAGAGGAACCGGAGUGGGUCCUAGAGACAGCCUAGCAGCAGCCCCAUUCCCUGCUCCUCUGUUUGCCACCCGGACCUCCUGUGCUCGUACCGGCACUGCGGCUGGAACAGCUAUCCCCCCUCUCUCUCCUCUGCCUUCCUCUCCGUCUGUGCUGAAUCACUGACAAAGUAUUUUAGUAGCUGUAUCACCUCUCGGGCAGCUGCCCCCAUUUUCUCUUUCUUUCAAAUCUUUUCUGUUUUAACCUUUUGCCUGACUGUUGCCAAAAUGUAUCCGAACCCGUGGAUCUCAAAUUACCUGAGUCACAUCAAGUUUUGCAGCCAAGGAUUUGGGGGUGAGACGCCUGUUAAACUCAACAAACCCAGGUUGCUGCAGAAGAGAGCACUGAGCUUCCAGAAAGAAUUCUCCUUCGACGAAAAAGGCGAUCCACCCAAAAGCACCAGAGAUAUAGAUGUUAGUCUCUCAGCCAAUCUCCCCAAAGUCUCUGAAUUAAGGAAACGGUUUGAAGGCAUUACCACAAGUGCAAGUGACUGUGAAAUGAACAGAAAGGAGCGAAUUGUUCGACGCCUAGAGGGCAUCGAUGGUGAGGUGCAUCCCUCCCUUCUGCCUAGCUUGGUAGCUAACCGGCUUCUAGAAGAGGACAUGCCGCGGUACACUAGGGCCUCUGACCCUGGUGCUGUGACAGUCCAGAGGUAUGGCAUGGAAGGAUUUGAAAGCCAAGACAUGCCGCUGAAGUCACCCGAUCACGAGUUCAGAGCUCGCUGCAGGCCUGAGCCUCAGUCGUCCAUCCACAUGGAGCCAGUCCACAAUUCAGGUUCUACCACCCAUUCCCUGGAGCUAGAAUCCAAGGCUGAACGCAUUGCCCGCUACAAGGCAGAACGCCGCAGACAACUGGCUGAACGCUACGGCAUCUCUCUGGAUCAAGAGUCUGACUUGGACCAUUCCACUUGCUACACCCACACCCGCAAGGAGUCUGACAGCUCAGAAAGGCAUAACAGAGGGGAACCUGUGGGGGAGGAAGGCAGGGACAUCACCCUGAGUGCUUACACCAGCCUGAGACCUGGGGGCCCAGCACCACUGCAGAACCACCCUGACCUGGGCUAUGAUGUUGCUCAAGCCAGGCUGGACUCGCUGUCAGAGAGAGAGAGGCUGAUGAACCUGGAGAACCAACGCAGGGCUGCUCCCCCUGAGCCUCCAUCCUCCUCAUACAUGGACGUGACCUCAUUGUCCUCUGUUCAGGACUCCUCCGUCACAUCUAUGGCAUCCCACUCUCCAAACAUGACCAGACAUUCAUCCCUGUCCUCCCCCAAACAGGGAGCGUCUCCAGGGGAUCUGCUCAUUGAGCAACAGGCCCACAGCAUCCUCAGCCGACAGGGAAUCAAAGUUAGAGAGAGGCUUGCCAAGGAGAAGGGCCACCAGAUGACCUCAGAGUUAGGAAACAUUACAGAAGCUCCAGUAUACAGCAGACAGCUUCAGUACCAGCCCCAGACUUCUGCUCGCUACCACAGAGACGUGCUGCAGGUCUACUCCCACCAUCAUCCUCACCAUCAUCCUCAGGCUCAGCUCAGCCGCUUCAGUCAGCAGGCUGGACAAGAUGGCAGCAGUUACCCCAGCUACCUGUCCAUGACCUUCGCUUCCACAGCUGGGCAGCAGGAGGAGAUGCAGGAAUUUGAGGAUGUGAAAACUGAAGGUCUACUGAAGAGCAGGAAAGCUGUCCUUCCCUCAGAGAUCCGACGCAGGGAGAGGAGCACUGAGGACCCCCGAAGAGGAAGAACAGAGGAAGAGGUGCAGACAUCCAGGGUUAGGGUUAGCUUCAGCCAAACAAGAGAGGCUGCAGAGGAAGCUGCACAAGUCACAAACAGAUCCAGGAGAGAGGAAACUGAGCACAUCUCCUAUCUGCAGGCAGCAGAGGGCAGAUCUGGAGACGGAGAAAACACCAUUUACAUCCACAAAGGCCAGACUGCAUCCUACAUCCAGCCCAGAACAUCACACAUGGGUCCAGGUAGCUCAGCCUCCAUGACUGCCCUGAACUGCCUGGUGUCAGAGGAUGGGGAUCCACAAGGGUCCAACCAAAGGAACCAGCACCUGUUGCAAGACUACAGGGAGGUCAGGGAGGACGAAGGGGUUGGCCUCCAGGACAGCCGGGUAUCUGUGGCCCAGCUCCGACAUUCCUACAUGGAGAGCACCAGUACCCCUUCAAGCAGGCGCAGGAAUGAGCUCGAGGAUGAGGAGGACAGGAUACUUGGGGGCUACCAGGCCCCAUGGAGAAGUGAAAAAGAAAGGGGGCGCAAGCCCCGGCAAUAUAUCCGUCUUGAGGAGAGUAGAAAGACCUCAGAGAGGUUUAGGACACAGCCCAUCACCUCUGCUGAACGCGUGAAGACUGAUAGGUCUUGUGUGAGUUCAGACUUUCCCUCCACAGAAGUCGAUGAAGAGAAGCUGGACGAGCGGGCCAAGUUGAGUGUUGCAGCCAAGCGCUCCUUCUUCAGGGAACUGGAGAAGAGCAUUGAUGUUGGAGCUCCCAAACCGCGGUCUAGGAAUGCAGCAGGGGACAGGAGACUACGACGGACUCAGGUCCGAUGCAGAACUCAGCCAGUCACCACUGAGGAAGUAGUCAUAGCAACCUCCAUCCCCUCUGGUGUUCCACACAUGGUGAUGGGUUAUACUGCUGCAGCGCGUGCUGACAGCCCCACCCUAGUUUGCAGCGAUACCCAUCCCUACAGCCUGAAAGUGUCUUCACAGCAGAGCUCUGCUGGCCAGGAGCAGGUGCAGGAGAUCCGGCAGGAGGUUUGGAUCAACAUGCAGAUGUCUACAAUGGAGGAGAAGCAGAGUCAGGGUCAGGAGGAGCCCGACCUCUGCACCCUCAGCCUGGCAGAAAAGAUGGCACUGUUCAACCGGCUCGCACAGCCUCCAACCAGGGUGACCCACAGCAGAGGAGACACCCGGCAGCGCAGAGCCAAUGCUCGCUACCAAACCCAACCCAUCACUCUGGGAGACAUGGAACAGGAGCUUUCAGACGUUGACAGUGAAGAUGAACAGGAGCUGUGUGACAGCCUGGCUGAACUCCUCCAUCUUCAGAACGGUUCUGCCUCUCGGUUCGGACAUCUCCCUUCCUCAUCAGCCUCCUCUGCACUCAGAGCAGGAGGCACCGUCUCCACCAACACUGCUGGAGACAUCCACAUACCCAGAGCAGCAGCCUGCGUGGAGCCCACCCCUCCCAGCCUCGACAGGCCUCUGCAGCCUCGUCACCCAGACGGAAAUGCCUUCAGGUCCCAGGACUACUCCUUCUCGGACCACCACAGGUACCACAUCUCACACCAGGAAGAGGACACAGCUGAUCUGAGAGCAGCCAAGAGGAAGCUGUCUUCUCCAGAGAGAGCUGUCAGGCAGCCGGCUCUGCCCCAUCCCCAGACUGAAAGAGAGAGGUGGGAGGAAGAGGAGGAGGAGGAAGAGAGGGUGGAGAGGCAGGGAGCCGUGCAGAGCUCAGAGAGCCAUAAGUUUCAGGAGAGCCAGGAGCACAGGGGGUCUCUGAGGGAGGACGGACCCCAGACAGACCGAGCCGUUGGUGGAGAGUCUGCAGUUAUAACAUCCGAGCUUGCGACCGGCCUGGUUCAGCCUGGUCAGGAAGACGAGCUGAGUAACGUGAUGGCGGCUCGACACAUGUCCAUCAAAGAGAGAGUGGCCUUGUUGAAGAAGAGUGGUGAGGAAGACUGGAGGAACAGGAUCAAUAGGAAGCAGGAUGUGGUGAAGGUUGCUGUGGGCGAGCAACAGGCUCAGCUCUUGGAGGUGGAGCAGAGCUUCAAGAAGAAGGACGAUGAAGCUCUGAUGAAGAUGAUCGGUGAUUUUGCUGUGUCUGACCAGCUGUGGGAGCCGGUCUUUACUGCUACCCUCCGUCCUCCCUCUGAGCCUUCUCUCCACGCUCCUUCCUGCGAUGACACACUCGGCCAGGCCACCAGAUCUCCAAGGGCCAUACAGGCGGAUGAAAGACACCCCUGGAGAAGGAAGAGAGUUGCAGACAGUCACACAGAGACGAUAGAAGCUCACAUGUCCAUCCAGGAGAGGAAGCAGCAGAUUGUGGCCCAGGAGGAGGCCUGGAAGACCAAAGGCCACGGAGCUGCCAAUGACUCCACCCAGUUCACCGUGGCAGCACGCAUGGUGAAGAAAGGUCUAGCCUCUCCUUCUGCACUCCAGUCCCCAGUUAUGUCCAAACCAAAGAACAGCAGCCCUGCCAUCUCCAUGCCACAGGAAGAGAUCAAAGCUGUGCCAGAUCUGAACCUGGAGUCGGACAGGAAGCUGGAUAAACUAGAGUCAUUCCUGGAUAAGCUGCACAGUAGAGUGUCCGGACUACCAGAAGCCACCAUCACUGUAACCGGGAAGAAGGUGAAAGAAGUGAUGACCCUCGAAGAUGAAACUUUUUCCAAGUUCUACCCCCAAUUGGAUGAUCUUCCUGCCAACACCAACAAGGUGGCAACAGAUGAUGACUUUGAUGCCAUAUUCGACCCCCAGAUGCCAAAGCUGACCUCGGAGAUGGUGCAGCACAAGCUGGCGGUGCGUCCGACCCGCAACGUGCAGUCGUCCAGGAACCCUCUGAAGAUGCUGGCUGCCAGGGAGGACAUCCGGCAUGAGUACACGGAACAGAGGCUCAACAUCGGUCUGCUGGAAAGCAAACGAAUGAAGGCUGAGAAGAUUAAUAAGAGCUCUGCUCUUUCUGAAGUGGCUCUUGCCGGUCUGGCCAGCACAGAAAACUUUAGCAACUUCAACCUGCGCAGCAUCAGCGUCUCCGAGCAGACAUCCAACAACAGCGCUGUGCCGUACAAGAAACUCAUGCUGCUGCAGGUCAAAGGCCGCCGACACGUCCAGACCCGGCUGGUAGAGCCCAGAGCAUCCUCGCUAAACAGCGGCGAUUGUUUCCUGCUCGUCACACCGCAGCACUGUUUCAUCUGGGUCGGAGAGUUUGCCAACAUUAUUGAGAAAAGCAAGGCUUCGGAGUUGGCCAGUUUCAUCCAGAGCAAAAGAGAUUUGGGUUGUCGAGCAAACUACGUCCAGGUCAUUGAGGAGGGCAUCCCCACACGCAGCCAUGCUGAGUUCUGGAAGGUUCUUGGGGGUCACUCGGAUUAUCAGACUGCUGGGACUCCAGAUGAAGACGAGCUGUAUGAGGGUGCCAUCGUGGAGACAAACUGCAUUUACCGCCUGAUGGAUGACAAGCUGGUUCCAGAUGAUGAUUUUUGGGCCAGAAUGCCUCGUUGUUCACUGCUGAACCCAAAAGAGGUUCUAGUGUUUGACUUUGGCAGUGAGAUGUAUAUUUGGCAUGGGAAGGAAGUGACUCUGGCUCAGAGGAAAGUGGCCUUCCAGCUGGCGAAGCAUCUGUGGAAUGGCACCUUCGACUAUACAAACUGUGACAUCAACCCACUGGACCCGGGAGAGUGCAACCCACUCAUACCAAAAAAAGGCCAGGGCCGACCUGACUGGGCCGUGUUUGGCAGACUCACUCAGCACAAUGAGACCACCCUGUUCAAAGAGAAGUUCCAGAACUGGAAUGAGUCCAGGAAAACACCCAGUCCCACAACUACCAACGAUCAUAUGACUGAUCACAAGGAGCUGCCCACUUCCUACAACACCUCCCUGAUGCUGCCCCUCCAUCAUGCUCCAGUAUGCACCAAGCUGGAUGGGUUUAAUGUGGGCCGGGGCUACGGCCUGGUGGAGGCAGAGGAGUGGCGGAGCUAUGAGGUCAGUACUCUGGCAGUGGAGGUGUGGCACAUCCUGGAGUUCGACUACAGCCGCCUGCCUCGCCAGAGCAUCGGGCAGUUCCAUGAAGGCGACACCUAUGUAGUGAAGUGGAAGUACCUGGUCAGCACGGCAGUCGGGAAGAGACAGAACCCAGAACAGAUGAAGACAGCAGGAGCUGGAAAGGAGAAGUGUUGCUACUUCUUCUGGCAGGGCCGCAACUCCACCGUCAGUGAGAAGGGAACAUCUGCACUCAUGACGGUGGAGCUGGAUGAGGAGCGAGGAGCACAGGUCCAGGUCCAGCAGGGGAAGGAACCUCCAUGUUUCCUGCAGUGUUUCAAAGGUGGAAUGGUUGUCCACUCAGGAAGAAGAGAGGAAGAGGAGGAGAACUCACAGAGUGAUUGGUGUCUGUACGCUGUGCGUGGGGAAGUGGAGGUGGAGGGCCACCUGCUGGAGGUGGCCUGUCACUGCAGCAGCCUGCGCUCCAGAAUUUCCAUGGUGCUGCUGAGUGUUGGCCAGGCCGUCAUCUACUUGUGGCAUGGCUGCAAAUCUCAGACACACAUUCAAGAAGUGGCUCGAACCGCUGCCAACAAACUCAAAGAACACUGUCCUCUGGAAACGGGCCUCCACAGCAGUAGCAAAGUGACCAUUCAUGAAUGUGAUGAGGGAGCCGAGCCAGUGGGAUUCUGGGAAGCUCUCGGCAGGAGAGACAGAAAAGCGUACGACUGCAUGCUUCAAGAUCCAGGCCGGUUUAACUUCACCCCACGUCUGUCCCAGCUGAGCAGCAUCUCGGGGGAGUUUGCAGCGGUGGAGUUCCUCUAUCCCGCCAGAGUGCCAAACCUGGUCAACUCUAUGCCCUUUCUACAAGAGGACCUGUACACGGCUUCCCAGCCUGCUCUGUUCCUGGUGGACAACCACCAUGAGGUGUACCUGUGGCAGGGCUGGUGGCCUCAGGACAGUGACAGCACGGGCUCGGCCCAGAUCCGCUGGGACUCAGACAGGAAGUGUGCCAUGGAGACGGUGUUGCAGUACUGCAGAGAAAAGAAUGAGAAGAAACCUCCCAAAGCGUACCUGAUCCAUGCAGGUCUGGAGCCACUCACCUUCACCAAUAUGUUCCCCAGCUGGGAGCACCGAGAGGACGUCGCUGAGAUCACUGAGAAGGAGGCAGACGUGUGUAACCAGAUCAUCCUGGUGGAGGAUGUGUUGGCCCGGCUCUGUAAGACCACGUAUCCCCUGGAAGACCUUCUGAUCCGGCCGCUGCCUGAGGGUGUGGACCCUCUGCGGUUGGAGGUCUACCUGUCAGACCAGGACUUUGAGAAAGCUCUGCAGUUAAACAGAGAGGAGUAUGGAGCUUUGCCCGGAUGGAAGCAGGUGAACUUGAAGAAAGCUAAAGGACUUUUCUAAAAUCACCAGAGACCCCCUGCAGGAUGCUGUUCAGGCCUCUGUCUUGUUUCCAUCUGCUGCAGCAGAGGAUGCGCCUGUGAUCAGCCUGGCUGAGGACGGAAGAGAGAUGGAGGUCAGCCAGCCUUUUAAUGCUGCACAUUUUCAUCUUGGAUGUUGGUUCUUACGUAAAAAACGUAUGCAGCUGCAAACAUCUUUGAGUGUGUAAAUAAAGUUUUAAACGUGGUCUAUUGAUGUAUGUACAUAUGUACUAUUUGUGAGAGGCCAGUGCCCCCUAACAGCGAUCUGUUGGAGUGUUAGCAGGUCUGUCAGCCUGAUAAACACACUUUCAUAUACAUGUGUGCAUCUUUGUGCAUUACAGAUAAUUUAUAUUUAUAAUAAACCCACAGAGGAAUUAAGAACAGUUUCUAGUAUAAAAGAUGAUGAAAAUAUAAAAUUGAUACUAAAUCUCUGCUGUACAGAUCACAUUUUGCCAUUUAUUAAUAAAGCAGCCUUUUCUGCAGGUAUCUUUGUUUCAGGCAGUCACAGAGAGACAGAACUUAUUAAAGGUUCAGGCAGCAUAAUAAUGAUGAUAACAUGUCUGCAUGGUGCCUUUCUUUGUGUACAGUUUCUAUACAGAUUCUAGUCUGCAUUUGCAAGGCUUUUGUGAUAUAAAGAACUAUUAGAGAAAUAAAUGGUUUAAUAUCAGCA